CAGAUUGUGGACAGGAAGCAGCAUGGACGCCGACUCGAUUGUCGCUGCGAUCGUCGCCAAGGGCAACGAGGUGCGUGACCUCAAGGCGAAGAAGGAAGACUUCAAGGGCCAGGUGGCCGACCUCGUCACGCUCAAGAAGCAGUUCAAGGACUUGACCGGCAACGACUACCAGCCGCCGGCCGCACCCAAGGCGCCCAAGGCUGAAGCGCCCAAGGCCGAGAACGCCGAGGGUGGCAAGUCCAAGAGCCAGCUCAAGAAGGAGAAGAAGCUUGCGGAGAAGGCGGCGCAGCCCAAGGAGUCCAAGCCCAAGGCCGCCAAGCCGUCCAAGCCGUCGGUGACGGGCCGUCCGACCGAGGCGAGCGCCGCGCCGGUCGACACGGACUUGCUCCUGCGCCAGGCCAAGUAUGCGCACUAUACGGCGAUCAACGGUGACGCGAACGCGCAAAAGGUGACGCCGUGGGACGUCGAAGCCGAGGGCGGCGUCGACUACGACAAGCUCAUCGACACGUUUGGCACGUCGCAGCUGACGCAGGACCUCGUCGCGCGCAUUGAGAAGCUCACGGGCGUGCGUGCGCACCGGUAUCUGCGCCGCGGGUACUUCUUCUCGCACCGCGAGCUCCACGAAAUUCUCGACCACUACGAGAAAGGCAACAAGUUUUACCUCUACACGGGGCGCGGGCCGUCGUCCGGGUCGCUGCACAUGGGCCACUUGAUCCCGUUCACGUUCACGGCGUGGCUCCAAAAGGUGUUUGACGUGCCGCUCGUGAUCCAGCUCACGGACGACGAGAAGUACCUCUUCAAGGAGCAGACGUUGGCCGAGUCGGACUUUAUGGCCAACGAGAACGCCAAGGACAUUAUCGCGUGCGGCUUUGACCCGACCAAGACGUUCAUCUUCAAGAACUCGGACUACAUUGGCACGCUCUACCCCGAAGUGCUCAAGAUUCAAAAGUGCGUCACGUACAACCAAGUGCGCGGUAUCUUUGGCUUCACGGGCUCGGACAACAUUGGCAAGUCGUCGUUCCCCGCGAUCCAGGCCGCGCCGUCGUUUCCGCAAUGCUUUCCCGUGCCGUUCAGCGGCCGCACGGACCUGCGCUGCUUGAUCCCGUGCGCGAUCGACCAGGACCCGUACUUCCGCAUGACGCGCGACGUCGCACCCCGCAUUGGGUAUGCCAAGCCGGCGCUGAUCCUCUCAAAAUUCUUCCCCGCGCUCGAAGGCGCGACCACCAAGAUGAGCUCGAGCGGCCCGUCGCCGACCAUUUUCGUGUCCGACUCGGCCGCGGACGUGGCCGACAAGAUCCGCAAGUACGCCUUCAGCGGCGGUGGCGAGACCAAGGCCGACCACGAAAAAUACGGCGCCAACUUGGACGUCGACAUCCCGUACCAGUACUUGACGUUCCUGCUCGAGGACGACGCCGAGCUCGCGGCGAUCGCGAAAGAGUACGGCGAGGGCCGCAUGAUGUCGGGCCAGGUCAAGGACAAGCUCAUCGAGAUUGUCGUUGCAUCGAACGCCGACUUCCAGGCCAAGCGCGCGGCCAUCACCGACGAACAGGUGCGCCACUUUAUGACGGUGCGCCCGCUCGCCUUUUAAGAAGGCGCUCGGAUAAGAUGAAUAAUCCACUGGUUGCUACUCU